AUGGCCGGUGUCAAGCGUCGCGUCGAUGGCGCCGAGGACCGCAAUGGAAAGCGGAGCAAGAGUCAGGUCUCCGCACCAGUGAAGAAGUCCAAGACUGCUGCGCCAGAGAAGAAGAGUGCUGCUACUUCUUAUAAGAAGGGCUCUAAGUCUGGCAAGUCCGACAAGAAGACCUCCAAGAAGAAGGUUCAACAGGAGGACUCUGAAGAUGACGAGGACGACUUUGAUAUGGACGAUCUUUCUUCGGAUUCUGGAGACGACGAUUUCGAUACCCUGGAUGCCACGGCCGACGAUGUUGAUAUGGAUGAUGUGAGCGAUGAAGACGAGGACAGUGAGGAAGCCGAGGAGAAGCCCGCCAAGUCGGACAAGAAGGAUACCAAUCAACAAAACGGCGAGGAGCCCAAGAGCAGUAAUUCUCGCGAGUCGCAUCAAAAGCAAAAGGCCCUCCAGCAGGAGCGCAAGGCCGCCAAGCCCAACGCCGACAUGAUCGCCCGCUCGAAGAAGCUCUGGGAGCAGCUGCGCCGCAAGUCCCACGUCCCUCUGGAACAACGCAAGAAGCUCAUCAAGGAGCUGUUCGAGAUUAUCACCGGCCGUGUCCGCGACUUCGUGUUCAAGCACGACUCCGUCCGAGUCAUCCAGACUGCCCUGAAGUACGGUAACCUGGAACAACGCAAGAUGAUUGCGCAGGAGUUGAAGGGCAGCUACAAGGAGCUGGCGCAGAGCCGCUACGCCAAGUUCCUGGUUGGCAAGUUGAUUGUACACGGUGAUGCAGAGACCCGCGACCUCAUCAUUCCCGAGUUCUACGGACACGUCAAGCGUUUGAUCCGCCACCCGGAGGCAUCCUGGAUUCUGGACGAUAUCUACCGCACAGUUGCAUCCAAGGAGCAGCGCCGACGGAUUCUGCGUGAGUGGUACGGUCCCGAGUUUGCCAUUUUCCAAGACGACAAGGAGACUUCGGAUUUGGCCAAGAUCUUGGAGGCACACCCCGAGAAGCGGGGACCUAUCAUGCACUUCUUGCAUGAGCUCAUCAACCACAUGGUUCAGAAGAAGACCACUGGUUUCACUCUUUUGCACGAUGCCAUGUUGCAAUACUUCCUCAGCACAAAGCCCGGUAGCAGCGAGGCUAACGAGUUCAUUGAGUUGCUCAAGGGCGACGAGGAGGGCGAUCUGGUGAAGAACUUGGCUUUCACCGCGUCCGGCUCCCGUCUGAUGUCUCUGAGUCUCGCUUAUGCCAACGCCAAGGACCGUAAGCUGCUGCUACGGUUCUACAGGGAUACCGUCAAGGUGAUGGCGGGUGAUGUGAACGGUCACAUGGUGCUCCUUGCCGCAUACGAAGUAAUUGAUGACACGAAACUGAGCGGCAAGUCCAUCUUCCCAGAACUUCUCAACCAGAACGAUGCCGAGGAGGCUCGUAACGAGGAGCUGCUCCUCCAGGUGAACGACCUGGUUGCUCGUGUUGCCGUCCUGUUCCCCUUCGCGGGCGACCGCGCCAAGUGGCUUCUUCCCGAGGCCGACCUGGAGGUGUUGAAGGAGAUUCGUGAGAUCCGGAAAGAAACCUCGAAGAAGGAUCCCGCUAUUCGUCGCAGCGAGUUGGCUGCGGCCGCCUCUCCCACUCUCCUCGCCUUUAUUGCUGCCCGUGCCGAGGCUCUUCUGGAGACCUCCUUCGGCUGCCAGUUCAUCGGCGAGGUUCUCUUCGAGUCUACCGGUGACAAGAGUGCUGCCCUGGAGGCCGUCGCCAACGCUGCCAAGACCGAGUCCGAGAAGCGCGAUUCCGCCGCCUUUGGCCGUCUCCUCAAGUCCCUCGUGCAGGGUGGUCGUUACAACCCCGCCACCAAGUCCGUGGAGAAGGUAUCUCCGGCCUUGAACUUCCACGAUCUGCUAUAUGAGCAGAUCCGUGAUGAGGUCGUGGAGUGGGCUACCGGCCCCAACACCUUUGUGAUCGUUGCGAUGGCCGAGUCGGACGACUUCAAGGGUAAGGCCGAGUUGCUCAAGACUCUUAAGAAGAACAAGAAGGCCCUGACGCAGGCUUCGGAGUCUGGCAAGGGUGAGAAGAAGGCCGGACCUGCAGCUAGCGGUGCCAAGCUGCUGCUUGAGAAGCUAUAG